ACGUAUGCUGUUAAUUGGCUCUAUACAAAUAAAAAAUGACUGGACUUGACAUUUUUAAUCAUUUCAUAAGCCAACCACGUGGGGUGAGCGUGGCCAACUGUGAGCAGGUAUAUAUGGAGGUGUGUGUCAUUCCCUCAAACCAGAGCACUCACGGGUUCUCCUCAUUCGGCUUCUCAACAUGAACUUCAUCAGUGUGCUGUCCUGCCUCAGCCUGCUGUUGGCAGCUGCUGUCGCCCAGGCACCAAAACCAUGCGUUUCUCCUGCACUGAUGAAUGGAGGCCUCACUGUGAUGGCUGGCAACGGACUCCUCAUGUCGACAGGAACAAUUACCUAUGAUGCUUUUGGACAGAGGAUGCGGGUCAGAAACUAUGGGUUUAGUGGCAAUCAGACCUUUGGUGUGGACCAGUUGAUGCUUUUCAAUCAGAAAGUCUAUUAUGAGAUCGACUGGAAAAAAUUGUCUUGCAAGAAGAAGGCGCUCGACACCUCCUUCAUUCCCAUGCAUGUGCCCUCUGAUGCUAAACUGAUGGGUCAGGUAUUCAUGGGCUCCUCCUCCUCCUUUGGAAUGGGUGUGCUAGUCAACACCUGGUAUGGAGACCUGCCACACAACGGCACAUACAUGACCGUCUUCUCUGAGAUUGGCUGCAUCCCGAUGACUUACACCAGCUACACUCCAGAGUCUGGAUGGAUCACCAUCAGCACCUUCAACUGGGUCCUGGGCAACACAAACCCCAUGGACUACAGCCCACCUUUCUUUUGUGCCAAGUCUAAACUGGAGGAGACAGAGAGACCAGAUACCUUCUUCACUGCCUUGAAGUCUCUGGCUGAGAAGACCAAGAAAGAAGAGUAAACAUGUGGAGUAUCUCACUAAAAUAAUCACUAUUGCUGCUCUUGUUAGGGCUGCUAAAUUGAACCCAAAUGAUCCAGUAAUCAUGGAUAUCAUGUGAUAUAAAGCCAUUUAAAUUAACAUGAUUUCCAAGGUUGUUUUAACCAGCUAAGCCACGAUAUAGCCCCCUGUUGAACAACAAUCUCAGUGUUUGGUAUUAAAGGUUAAAGGAAAUAGUAAGAAAGUGAGAUCAAAUCUAGAUUUUCAGAGGGAAAUUAGAGGAACACAGUGAGAACCAAGUGAGGGAGACCUUUCAGUGACACCUAAUGUAGCCUGGUCCUUGCUUUCUAUUGUAUCUCUGUCAUCCUUUUCAAUAAAAUCAAUUUUUGAUUAUACUGUACUUUGUUUGAGACAAUGCUCAAAUUGUUAAGUUGCUAAAGGUGAGAGAGAGUUUUGGAGGUCCUGCCAACUCUGCUUUUCCAUCCGUCUGCAGGAGAAGAGGAAAAGUCUUCGGACCCACCACUGAGUAGUCCCACAGGUCAUUUAAGGACAUGCAGCCUGUAAGUUUUACUUUAGUUUUUCUUCUUCAAAAACGGUGGGCAUGUGUACUGCUUGAUAUGCUUGAUAACUAUGUAUGUAAUUUAGGGCCAGGAUAUUUGAAAGAAAAAAAUGACAAACUGUGAAUGUGAAAUGAAACCCAUAAAUGAUCAAAUUAAACUGUAAAUGUAAAACCAAACCUGUGAGCGAGAGAACAAAUGGUAAAUGAGACAAAACACUUAAAUGAGAAAACACCAAUGUAAGAAAAAGCAAACAAAAAAAAACUGUAUCACAAGAAUAAAAUCUAAAGUAGAAACAAGACGAUUGAAAUCAGUUGUCCUCUUUUGAUUAUUAUCAUUAGAUCAUUAUUAUUAUUAUUAAAUAUUA